AUUCUAUCUAGGUGAUGCGUUUCAUACUUACAAGCAGUUUGUGUCUGAGACUAUCUGGUGAGGAUUUACAUGGCUUUGGAGCGAAUAUGGUGGGCUUGCAGUAGCGAUUGACAGAAAAUGCGACUGGGGUCGUGUUUGCUCCAAUGGCUGGGGAUAGGGACUGCGAUCCUUUCUUUAGUUUCCAACAGCCGGUCUCAAGAUAAUGCGGAAGACUGGCAUUACGAGGAGUGCAAGCUUUCCCGGACAGGUCCACCUGCCACCAUAGUAGCGAUUGACGAGGAAAGUCCAAAUGGGACAGUCCUGGUUGAGAAUAUGCAAAUAAAUGGAAGAUCUCAAGACCCAGACCGGACCAUUUCCUUGUCCUUGCGUGACAACUACGAUCGUUGGGUUAUCUUGGACCCGGUGGCACAGCGAUUAUACCUGAACAGCACUGGUCGAGUUCUUGACAGAGAUCCUCCGUCCUACACCCUUUCCAUCGUGGUGCAGGUGCAGUGCACCAACGAGCUGGUCGGCACGGUCAUCCUGCACGAGGUGCGGAUCGUCGUGAGGGAUCGUAACGACAACACCCCUCGUUUCCAGCAGCCGCGCUACUAUGUAGCCGUAAAUGAGCUGACCCCUGUUGGCACGACCAUCUUCACCGGCUUCGCUGGAAACAACGGCGCCACAGACAUCGACGACGGGCCCAACGGACAAAUCGAGUACAUCAUUCAGUUCAACCCCAAUGACCCGACAUCAAACAGAACCUUCAGCAUCCCUCUCACCCUCGCCGGGUCUGUCGUGCUCCGAGAGAGGCUCAACUAUGAGGAAACCACGCGAUACCUGGUCAUUAUUCAGGCCAAUGACCGGGCCCCUUAUCCUAACGACCGUCUGACCGCCACCACCACGCUAACGGUGGACGUGCUGGACGGGGAUGACCUGGGGCCGAUGUUUCUGCCCUGCACGCCGGUGGGCCACACCCAAGACUGCAACCCGCUUACCUACAAGGCUGUGAUCCUGGAGUUCACCGACCCUAGUAGAGUGAACCCCGUUAACGUCACUCCGCCCAUUCAAGCGGUUGAUCAAGACCGAAAUAUCCAGCCUCCCUCGGACCGGCCGGGCAUUCUUUACUCCAUCCUCGUUGGUAAACCGGAGACGUACGCAGAGUACUUCUCACUGAAUCAAACCACGGCCGAGCUCCACCUCCUCAAGCCAAUCAGCAGGGACCUGUACCACAAAUUUGACUUGGUAAUCAAGGCAGAGCAGGACAACGGACACCCCCUGCCAGCAUUCGCGAGUUUGCACAUCGAGGUCCUCGACGAGAAUAACCAGGCCCCGUAUUUCAACGUGUCCUCGUAUGACGGAUUCAUCAUGGAGUCCGCACCAGUGGGGACGACUAUCUCCAGCAAUCCCAAUCUCACAGCGCCCCUCAGCAUCAUCGCUUUGGAUAAUGACAUUGAGGAGACAAAAGACCCCAUGGUGGAAAUAUCCUUGGACAGCUACAACACCAUCUUCUCCGUGACGCCGCUGGGUAUAGCGCGUUAUCUGACCCUGCUGAAACCGGUGGACCGUGAAGAGCAGCAGACGUACACCUUCACGAUGAUUGCCUCUGACGGGGUCCAGGAGAGUGUGCCGGUGACUGUUAAUAUUUCGGUGAUCGAUGCCAACGAUAACACUCCAACCUUCCCCAACAUCUCCUACAGUGUCGAUGUUUACACAGACAUGCAACCGGGGGAAACAGUGUUACGGCUGAUGGCCCAGGAUGCGGAUGAGGGCCCCAACGGGAUGAUAAGCUACGAGAUCUUGGCCGGCGAUCAGGGAGACUUCACCAUCGAUAAGCGCAGCGGUCUGAUCGCCGUGGCGCCCGGGGUGGACCUGGUCGUGGGACGCUCAUACGCCCUGACGGUCAAGGCCGAGGAUAACGCCCACGAGUCACAGAGAAGGAGCUCCAUCACCACCGUGUACAUAGAGGUCCUCCCUCCCAACAACCAGAGCCCCCCUCGCUUUCCCUUCUUCACAUACAACCUGGAGGUCAGCGAAGCCAUGAGGACCGGGGCCGUCCUGCUCAACCUGCAGGCAAUGGACCGGGAAAAGGAUCCAAUCACGUACCACAUCCAAAGCGGUGAUUCAGAAAACAACUUCAACCUCUCAGAGAGUUCAGGGCUACUGGUGUUGAGGAAGGCACUGGACAGAGAGACCACCGAUCAGUACGUCCUCAUCAUCACCGCCGGCGACGGGCGCCCAGAGGGGAUUUCCACAGCCACGGUGACGAUAGUGGUCACUGACGUCAAUGACAACGAUCCGGUUUUCGACACGCUUCUGCCCAAAAACUUCACUGUCCAGGAAGAGCAGGCCAAUUUGUUUGUUGGUCAAGUAAAGGCCUCCGAUCCGGAUGCUGGGGUGAACGGGCAGGUCCGGUACAGGCUGGUGAGCCACGCGGGUCUGUUCCGGAUAAACGCUAACGGCAGCGUCUUCACGGCCGUGCCGCUGGACCGCGAGGCCCGCAGCGAGUACCGCGUGAUCGUAGAGGCCUCGGACGGAGCGGUAGACCCCCGCCGCACCACCGUCACGCUCUCCGUCCAGGUGCUGGACGUCGACGACAACAGCCCCGUCUUCUCCCAGGCCUCCUACGCCGCCAGCCUGCCGGAGAACAGCCCCCCGGGCACGGUGGUCCUUCAGCUGAGCGCCAAAGAUGCGGACCUCAACUCCAACAUCACCUACCGGAUAAGGACAGAGGAGGCCAGCAAGCUGUUCUCCGUUAAUCCGGUUACCGGGCAGCUGUCGGUGUUACAGACCCUGGAUUUCGAAAGCCUCUCCACUUCAGAGGCCACUUACACCUUUGUAGUGGAGGCCUUAGACAGUGGAGGGAGCAUGCCACCGGGGAUGGCUACUGUCACCGUAAAAGUCACAGAUAUGAACGAUUACUCCCCGGCGUUCAGUCAGGCCAUGUACCGGGGAAUGGUGGCGCCCGAUGCGGUCAAGGGAACGGUCAUCGCCACGGUGUUCGCCGAGGACCAGGACCCCGCGGAUACUGCAGCCAGUCGCGUUCGGUACAGGGUGGACCCGGACCAGUUUCCCUACAGCAACAGCAUUUUCGAGGUGGAAGAAGACUCCGGAAAUAUCAUCGCCAGGGUCAAUCUCAACGAGGAGCCCAGCACAACGUUCAGGCUUGUUGUCGUCGCGUAUGACGACGGCGACCCAGUGAAGCUCAACAGGACCCUGGUGGAGAUAACUGUUCUUCAGCCUUCAGUAAUCCCCGUCUUCAUCCAAGAAGAAUACAGGUUUGCCCCUGUGAGUGAGAAUGCUAAAGUGGGAAAGGUCAUUGGAGCCGUAAUGGCCGCUGCUGUCAACCAGACUAUAGUGUACUCCAUUGUGGAAGGAAACGGAAAUGGAGUAUUUUCCAUGAACAACAUCACCGGGGUCAUCUCCACGGCCAGCUUGUUAGACUACGAGUCCGUCAGCGGCUACGUCCUCCGUGUGCAAGCAGACUCCAUGAGCGUGGUCGCAUCCAACCUACGCGUGACCGCCAAAACCAACACAGCCAAAGUGUUUAUUGAUGUUCAGGAUGAAAAUGAUCACCCGCCUGUUUUCACCAAAAAGCUCUACCUGGGAGGGGUGACGGAAGACUCCAAGACGUUCACCUCUGUGCUCCAGGUCCAAGCUUUGGACAAGGACACAGGGAAUUACAGUUCAAUGCAGUACAGGCUGAACAUUCCACCUACGGCCCGAAAUAAAAAAGACGGCUUCGUGGUGGAGCCGUACACGGGCGUCAUUAAAACCGCCAUCAUGUACAGAAACAUGCGCCGGUCCUACUUCAAAUUCGACGUGGUUGCGACGGAUAACUAUGGGAAGGGUUUGAGCAGCAAAGCACAGGUAGUGGUCUCCGUGGUCAAUCAGCUCGACAUGCAGGUGGUGGUGUCCAACGUGCCGCCCACGGACGUGGAGCAGAACAAGGACCGACUCAUCGGGAUUCUGGAGCGAUACGUUCAGGACCAGAUCGCCGGGGCCAAAAUUGUGGUUGAGUCCAUCGGCCCGCGGAGGUAUGGGGAAGGGUACGAGCAGGAGGACUACUCCAAGUCCGACCUCAUGGUAUACGCCAUCGACCCCAUGACCAACCGGGCUAUAUCGCGACAGGAGCUCUUCAAGUUUCUGGACGGGAAGCUCCUGGACAUAAACAAGGAGUUCCAGCCCCACCUGGGCCCCGGCGGACGCAUCCUGGAGAUCCGCACGCCGGACAUCCUGGCCAGCGUGAAGAAGGCUGCGCAGGCCAUGGGCUACACAGAGGGGGCGCUGCUGGCCCUGGCCAUCAUCAUCAUCGUCUGCUGCAUUCCCGCCAUCCUCAUCGUCAUGGUGACGUACAAACAGUUCAAAGAGCGACAGGCCGAAUGCGCCAAAACCGCCAGGAUCCAAAUGGCAUUGCCAGCUGGCAAAACCGCCGGGGGUGGUGCCAACAACCUCUACGAAGAACUUGGAGACAGCUCCAUGCGAGGAUAUGGACAUCAAGAGCAACAGCAAUUGCUAAGGCCAUCUCUUCUAAGACCAGAGGAGCUCUCCAUGGAGUCUGGCAUCGACCCAGGGCAGGAGUACUACACUCAAGAUUACUAUAAUUAUGACCACGGCUAUGAGCUUCCACAGUAUGGCAGUCGCAGGAAGCUGAUCUCUCCGUCAGGUCUGUAUGACGAGUAUGGAGAGGUCAUUGUGGAUGAUGAUGGAAGCUUCUACUACAGCCCACAUGGGUCAGAGGUUUCCACGCGAGGCAGGCAGCCAAAGCGUGGCCAAGGUCUGCCUGGGAGACCUCAGAAAGAGGCUUUUGGGGUCCCGCCUCCAGCCGAUCCAGUCGAUCAGGCCGAGCCCACGGACAAGGGCCCAGAGUCCGGGGGCUCAAAGGCGGCUAAGAGGACGAAGCUGAUCAUGAAACUCAGCAAGUUCUUAGUGGCCAGCAGGGGCACCGCUGAGCAGGAUGAUGCCUCCACCCCCAUCCCCGCCUCACGUCUCGUUCCGUGGAAAAAGUCCAGAAUAUUCCCCAUGAUGUUCUCCAAGGAGAAAAACGAUGGCAGGGACUACAACAAGCUGGCUUCCACACGGCGCCUGGACAGCCUGGAUGGAGGGAUGGUCAUCAGCGGCAGUUAUUUCAAGUCUGACGCCAAGUCGUCGGCAAAGAAGCGACUUGGGAAGGCGUUGAACCGCAUUAACAUCUCUCAGAAGCUGCACUCACGGAGAGUGUCCCAGAGCAGCAGCAGCAAGAGUGAGACAGAAGAGGCCUCUUCCCAGGCUGCUGGUGACUCUGACAGGGAUGUGAGAAGACCCAAAGUCUCUAUCAGUGACAUGGGCGAGAGUGAAUCUGAGGCCGGCAGCACAGGGCCCUCUAUGGGGGAGGAGGACUCAUUGUCAAAAAGCAGCAUCGCCCCUUACACUGAAGGCAAAAGCUAUGUUAAACUGGACAUGCACCCAAAUUACCCCAACGAGAGCACUGUGGAUUCAGAUAACGAAGGCCCGGUAGAUUCAGAUGAGAGCAAGUCAAAGUCUGACACAGACAAAGAGUAUUCAGCCACAGAAAAAGAGUCAGAGACUGAGAGAGAAUCAGAGACAGAAAGAGAAUCAGUCACAGAAAAAGAGUCAGAGACAGAGAAAGAAUCAGACUCAGGAAGGGAAUCUGUGACCGAGAAAGAAUCAGUCACAGAAAAGGAGUCAGAGGCCGAGAAAGAGUCUGAAACAGAAAAGGAAUCUGAAACGGGCCAGGAGUCUGACGAUAAUGAUAAUAAUGCCGAAAAUAGUGUAUCAUCAGGGGAUGAGAAGUCACGGACAUCACAGAUAUCCUCUGCCCAUGCCUCCAAGAGAGGGAGUAGCACAAGGUCUUCAAGCAGGUCAGGAAGUGGGAGAACCAGUGGCGCAAAGAGCAGAGGAGCUUUGGCGUACAGCCAGGGCAGUGGUAAACUCUCCUCUGAAUCCGAGGUUAACAAGGAGGUCACUGACAGAAGCUCCAGGAGCCCAAGAUCCACAAGAGGGAGCUCCAGAUCAAGGAAGUCAUAUUUCCAUGGAGGACCAGAAGACACGAUUGAAGAGGAAAGUGAGGAAGAACAGUCCGUUUCUGGAGAAGAAGAGCAAAGAACAGAGAGCCCACAGUCAGAGGACUCAGAAGAAGGCAUGAGUGAAGGGCCCACAUCCAAGAGGUCCAGUUUGAAACAGAGCAGUCAGUCCGAUAACAACACAAGUGUGGGGUCCCACAGUGAGACAACGGUCAGGACGAAGACCAGAAGCAAUGUGAACGAGAACUCAGAGGAGGGCAAUGAACUGUCACCAAUAUCAGAAGAGGAUGAAGACCCCGGUGCAUCCAAGGUAGCGUCCCUGGCCCGUAAAUCAGGGAGCACGGUCAGUGGACGGGCCAAUUCAAGAAAAUCCAUGUCUGGUACUACCGGCCACAGCGCUUCUUCCAGGCCGCGAACUUCCCGGUCGGGUCGUUCCGCUAUCUCCGGAUCCCGUUCUCUGUCCUCUGCCAACGUUGUUUCUCGUAGCCGCCGCUCGUCAGCUGCCAGGGCAUCCUUGGAUCCUGGCAGCCAGUCGUCAUUGGACGGGACCACCGAGGAGGAGGAGUCCGAAAACGAGACCACGGAUUCAGAGGCCACAGGAGCUGGGACAUUUAAAUGAAAUUGGCAGAGUCACUGAGUCACUGAGUAAGCUUAGCGCAUCCCUUUCCCUUUCCUUUGUCAUAUUCUUGCAGAAUAUGAGUACCUCACGUGGACUGUGCGCACCUUCUCCUCAGUCUAAUUUCUUUAUCUCCAUCUCUCCCUUCAGACCUGCUCGGAAUUGUGCAAACAUCCACAACCUUGCCUUGCCCUUUUUCUGGCUGCCCUGUGUGGACCUGUAGUGCUGUUUUGUUAUUUGAAGAGUGGAACUGAUACCCUUUCGAGUGCUGUGUCCUUCUCUAUGUGUGAUAAUCUGAAAUUCUCAACAGGCAAUCAGUUGAUGCAGUGGAAUUGAA